GCUAAAUGUCUUUUGCUUCCUUUGCAGACUGAAUAUCUGCUCCUGUUUUCAUUUUAAAAAGUUACCAAAUGGUUGAGAGGAGUUAAACGAACCGCACAACAUAGUUACGCAAUGACUAGUGACAAGGACAUUGAGGCCGUUGGCAAAACGCUGGUGGACACGAAGCAGUGUCUGAAAGCUCGUUUUCGGGCGCUCUUCACCCUGAGGAACCUCGGGGGCAAGGCAGCCAUAGACUGGAUAAGCCAGGCGUUCAGUGACGACUCGGCUCUCCUGAAACAUGAGCUGGCUUUCUGCUUGGGGCAGAUGCAGGAUGAGUAUGCAAUUCCAGUGCUGAUCAAAGUGCUUGAAGAUACAAACCAAGAGCCAAUGGUUAGACACGAAGCAGGGGAGGCAUUAGGAGCCAUUGGAAACUCCAGAGUGCUGGAUGUACUGAAGCGUUACUCUGAGGAUCCGGUGAUAGAGGUUGCUGAGACCUGUCAGUUGGCGCUGAGUAGAAUUGAGUGGCUGAACAGCGCUUCGGAGCAGUGUGGAGAUGAGAACCCGUAUUCGUCUGUGGACCCCGCACCGCCGGCCCAGGAGAAGGACGUCCAGAAACUGAGAGCCAGGCUCCUGAGCGAGGCCCUGCCUCUGUUUGAGCGAUACCGCGCCAUGUUCGCCCUCCGGAACCUGGGCACAGAGGAGGCUGUGCUCUCCCUGGCAGACGGUCUGCAGUGUGGCAGCGCCCUGUUCCGCCACGAGAUCGGUUAUGUCCUGGGGCAGAUGCAGCACGAGGCCUGUGUGCCCCAGCUGAGCGCGGCUCUGGCCAGGCAGGAGGAGAACACAAUGGUGAGGCACGAGUGCGCGGAGGCGCUGGGCUCCAUCGGAAAGGAGUCCUGUCUGCAGGCACUGCGCACCUUCCUGGGUGACGAGGAGAGGGUGGUGCAGGAGAGCUGUGAGGUGGCACUCGACAUGCAUGAGUAUGAGAACAGUGACCAGUUCCAGUAUGCAGACGGGAUACUCAAACUGCAGGGGGCGCAAUAAUGAACUGACUGACACUGAAGUUUUUGCUUGCAAACUGAGUCCUGUUCCAUAACAGUUUCAGUCUAGCUAACACGGCUUCGCACUACAGCUAUGGAGGCC